CAAUAGGGAACAAACCAGCUUUGGUAAAGGAUCAGCAAGAGGAGAGCUUGUGUCGCUACACAUGUAAUUCAAAAGGAUGGUACCCAAAGCCUCAAGUCAUUUGGACAACCUAUGGAGGAGGCAAAAAACAUAUGGAGAUCAACACCAGCAUCACCUGGAGUGAGACAGAUCUUUUUGUAGUACAAAGCAUCGUGGCAGUUCCUUGUGAUGACGUAGAUGUGAAAUGUGUCAUUAUGCUCAUCAAAGAAAAGAUAAACCGAACUGGAGAACAUCUAUCUUCAUUGAUCAAGACAAGCAUCCUAGAGGAGAAGUACAAUAUUUUUGCAAUAGAAAGCUCUGAUGAGAUAUAUGGUGGACAUCUAGCACCUUCUGACUUGACAACUAAUGGGGAAUCCUAUUUACAUGUUGUUCAGCAGUCAGGAAACCAUGACUGGCUCUGGAUUCUUUAUCUCUUUUGCUUCAUUAUUGCAAUAGUGGAGCUCCAUGCACAAAGAAGAGCAGGGGAGGAUGCACAGAAAGAGACCCUGAAGAAGAUUGAGACCCUGAAGAAGAAGAUUGCAAGUCUGAAGAAGGAGAAUGAUUUCCUGAAAACAUUUUUCUUCCUUUUUUUGUUUCCUGUAGAGUUAUUGCGUGCACAAAGACAUAAAGUUGAUGUCACCCUCGAUGCUGACACAGCUCAUCCUAGACUGCAAGUGUCUGAAGAUGGGAAGAGUGUAACAGACACCGGUGUGAUCGGAAAAGUGCCCAGCAAGGAGGAGAGAUUUGAUUCCCACACUUUUCUGUUGGCAAAAGAAGGUUACACAUCGGGGAGACAUUACUGGGAAGUGGAUGUUGGAAAGAAGCGCAACUGGAACUUGGGUGUUGCCCAGGAGACUGUGACUCGGAAAGAGACAGUGGCUCUGUCCCCAGAGAAUGGUUUCUGGGUCAUAGGGUUAGCAGAUGGGCAAGAGUAUUGGGCCCACUCAGAUCCCUGGACCCGUUUAACUGUGAGUGGCAGACCACAGAAGAUUGGGAUCUUCCUGGACAUCUCAUCCAAGAAGUUGUCAUUCUUCAAUGUUCAUCAGAAAAAAAUGAUGUAUGCUUUUAGCUUUGUUAAUUAUGACAGCCAGAAUGUGAAGCUUUUUCCCUUCUUCUCAACAGGUUCAUCUGCAACCAAUUCUGACACUGAGCCUCUAAGAAUUGCAUGGGGGUUUGAUGAUGAUGACAAGUGAAUGAUUGAAGUGAAAAUGUACAGUUAAUUAAUGACUGAAAAGUGAGUCUGAGGUCCGAGUACACUAUAUUCAGCCCCAUGCUUUGUGCCACCAAAUUGAAAUAUAAAAUUCUUUCACCAUU